AUGGACUACGUGAAAACAAUCAUGAACUUGAACUUCAUGACUGUGAACUUGAAAAUAUUUUCAAUAAUAUCAUUUUGCCUGAUUCCAUCAGUUCCAAGUGAAGACAUCCCAUAUGAAGUCGACUAUACAGGCAUAUCAACAGCAAUCGCUCAAGUUUGCAACGAAUUUUUCAUCAAAAAGUCAACAAUUUUUGAUAUUUUAAUUUAUGGUGAAAUGACUCAGCACAUUCGUGAUGUGACAAAGAUGCUUCCUGACACUUAUCCAGCAGUGACUAGAUACAAAAGUGAUGUCACAGAGUUCAAAUCGCAUCUUUACUACUUGAUAAGUUUAUACGAGAAUGUUUGUUUGCACACGUACGAGAACUUUGAAGGCAGGAGCUGUAAUCAGGCACAACAAGUUUUACUCAAUUCUUUUAAUAAACGUACAAAAACUUGGUUUAAGGAACUGAAGUAUCACAAAAAAUUCAGUAAUUUUCAUCAAUGUCCGCUGGUUCUAAUAGAAAGUUUCGGAAUGUUUCUACAUUUUGAGAAAGGACGUGCUGAAGUCAAAGAAUGCAUCAAGAAGCGACGAGACUUGGACUGUAGCAUUGUUAUUGACUCGUUAACUAAUUUUGGCGAGCCAGCUGGUGUUUAUGUUGAGAUCUUUAAUACAAUGGCUAAAGUUGCAAAUUUCGAGUCACGUUAUAGAUUCCAAACAACACAAGACGAUCUGGUACCAAGUAAACAUCCAGUCAUGUCGAUAUUUGUAGGAACCAACUUGAAUUUUUUGCAUGGAGAAUUUUUCACAACUGUUAUGCCUCUCAACAGCCACUACAUGUUUGCAGUCACUCCAACUGAAUUUUAUAAUAAUUAUGAGAAGCUUUGGCUGCCGUUUGAUGAUGUCACUUGGUUCCUGUUGCUGCUCACAUUUCUUAUUGCUUUUGUUGCUAUUUUCGUACUUAAUUUCAUACCUGAAAGGUUCAAAUUGCUCUUUUAUGGAGGACCAGUUCACUCACCAGCACUAAAUGUCAUUCACAUCUUCUUUGGAAUUUCCCAAAUGAAGCUUCCAGACGCGUCAGUUCCUCGCUUUAUUCUCAUGCUGUUCAUCACUUUUUGUCUCAUUUUCCGGACUUGCUAUCAAAGCGAAUUGUUUGAGUUUAUGACAUCGGACAUGAGGAAGCCACCACCAAAUGAUGUUGAGGACCUGAUUGAAAGGAACUACACGAUUGUAGCUUGCAUAGGUCAUGAAAAAUCUCUAAAGGAGGUUAUUCGUGUCGAUGAUAACAGCAAGAAUGUUUUGCUUCUUAAUGAUUGCUUCAUGAUAUGGCACAUGUAUUGUGAUAAUUUUGAUAAAGUCAGUGCAAAACUAGCCUUCUUCACUGAAGACAUUCAAUACAAAUCAUACAAUUCAUUUUGCGAUGGAGCUGCUGUAAAGCUUAGAAACUUUAAUAAAGGAGUUGGACUUUCAUCAUUUUUAACAAAACGAAACAGUUUCAUCAACGAUGUUUUGAAUGAAGUCUUGGAUAAGAUGAUACCGGCUGGAAUUCCUCAAUAUUUACUAGAUUUCCACUUAAAUUUGAUAUUUAAAAAGUAUCAACCAAUGACAGACAAUGAUCCAAAAGUUUUGACAAUCGAUGAUUUAGCAUUUGGAUUUGUGUUGUGGGCUGCUGCUUGUGGAGUUGCAAUUCUUGGAUUUAUUUUAGAGCUUAUCAAAUUUAGUGUUUGUAAAACUAUUUCAGUUUCUUUUGGAUUGUGGAUUUUUGUGAGGAUUUGGGGCUGGGGAAUGAAGAUUUUGGUCUAG